UAUGUGUACGCUCUGGUUCUACUUGUCACGAGUAAAUUAGUUUGUGCUCUAGUAAGCGAAGGCCAAGUCUUUUCGGGUGUCCAUGACGGGUGGAAGAGGGAGCAGAUCAAACAGCGUAUCCUCCAGAUGUCCGUUGUUAUCCCUAGCAUAAAGUCUUUCCACGAGAACAUGAAACUCUUCUCCAUCGCGAUUCGGAUCAUCAGAUCUUACUUGCUUCCGGAUAAACCACGGGCCCCCUUGCUUGAGUCGCUAAAGGACAACUGGAAGCUACCUGAUAAAUCGCUUGUUGAGUUUGAAGAAGGGAAAUUCCGCGCCAUUCACUCCCCCCUUUCCUUUGACGUAGCUUUCAAGCAAGUGUUCCUUGCCGCCGUGCGUAGCUUUCCCGAGCUCUCGGACGAAACACCCAAAGUGGACCCUGGAGACAGGAUUCGUGCGGCCAUCAGGCCGUCGACAGUCGCCGCUUUCUACCAAAGAGCUUUCCUGUUGGGCUUCUCGAGCGAGGCGAUGCGAGAAAGGGGUUUGGGGAAUGAUCGGCUUCGGGGACCCCGAUAUUUUACCACACAGGCGUCUGAUGGCCCUGCGGAUGUCGAGGCUACUUGUAUGGACCGCCGAUGGGGAAGGCCCUAUGCUAGAAUAUAUCGGCAAAUCCAGCAAGUGGCAUUCCUUCCGCUUCUGGCGCAGAAAAUGCAGACGGCGACUUUCCCAACGGUACUUUACCUUCAGUGGGAUUUCGUCCGUGCCUUCUUAGGGUCCUUUACACUCGAGCCCGGCUCAGACAACCAAGUCAUCCCACUUUCCAGUCAGCGUCGUUGGGAAUUAGAACGCAUCGAGGAGACAGAAGAAGGCGCGGCUCAAGACAGCAUACUUAACCCCGCCAGUCCGGACAUGGAGCAAAACGGCAUCGAACUAACGGGGUAUUGUACGGAUAUUGUUAUGGGUGGAGGGGAUGAGGGGGAUAUCACAAUGCAAGACUUGGUGGUGGAAGACGUCGAGAUGGCAGAUUUUGACCAUAAUGAUAGAGUGACCGAAACCGUCUUCUCGACUAGGCAAGACUUACGGAGUUUCGAUCACCAAUCGCCCGGGAUCUGGUCAGCGGUGAGAUCUCAAGUACCGUCUUUGGACAUUGGAAACCCUCAGCAGCCCGAUUAUGAGACAGGUUCACCAUCUUGGUCUCCCGACACCUCUGCAUCCUACAAAACGCCAGGAGACCACGGCCGAGAGAGGCAUGUGUCAAGACAACCUUUAACGUAUUUAGGUGUAAAUGGACAGGAUGGGAGCGUUGCCCUCAUCAGUGUUGUAUGGGAAACAGCCCGAGCACUCCGCACCAAGUCCAGCAUCGGACUUUCGGUCGCAAGUUCCGUCACUUUACCGGUUGAGCCAAAAUUCUCCGCGAGGGUUCGCUGA